GGCGGCGGGGGCGGCAGGACAGCGCAUAGCGGCCAGGCGGCGAGGGGCAGCGGGCCUGCGCGGAGCCGCUGAGCCGGGGACGGGGAGGCGAGCCGGGAGCGGCCGGCCCGCCGACGCGCCGUCGUGCGGCCGAGCUGGCGGCCCGACGAGCCGCCGAGCCGAGCGCGUUAGCGGGAGGGCCGGAGGGGCCGACGGGCGACCGCCGAACGGUCGGCGCCUGAGCAAGCAGGAGGCGGCGACGCCGGCAAGGGGACUCAGGCAGAGGCCAGCGAGGCGAGCUGCAGUCUGCAGCAGUGCAGCCGGCCGGCGGCCGUCCACUGUCCAGGCACUGAUGGACGCGGCGGCGCGGACACCGGGGCCGGAGGGGGAAGGAGGCCGAUACGGGGUGCUCCUCUACUACAAGUACGCCGAGGUUCCGGACCCCCCGGCGCUCGCGGCCCUGUACGAGUCCCGCUGCCGCGCGCUCGCCCUCGUCGGCCGCGUCCGCGUCGGCCCCGACGGCGUCAACGCCACGCUCGGGGGGAGGAUGGCGGCGCUGGAGGAGCACGUCGCGGAGAUGAGCUCCAACGCCCUGUUCGAGGGCACCGACUUCAAGCUGGCCUCCUGCGAGGACCCCGUCGAUGAGAGGGUCGCCAGGGAGUGCGGCUUCACCUCGCUCUCCGUUCGGCUAGUGAAGGAGCUGGUCACGCUUUGUUCAAACCCGUCGUUGGCAACUCCUCAGAUUACAUGUGCCGGGAGACAUUUGUCAGCUGCCGAGUUCCAUUCGGUGCUCCAAAGUGUCGCAGGAACUACUUCAGAUUCUGAACCACCCGCGGAAAAGAGUGAUGUGGUUGUCUUGGAUGCGCGAAAUGUUUAUGAGACACGGAUUGGCAAGUUCCAUGUACCAAACGUGGAAACACUAGAUCCAGAAAUCAGGCAAUACAGUGACCUGCCACUGUGGAUAGAUGAGCAUGCUGAGAAGCUCCGUGGCAAAUCGAUUAUGAUGUACUGCACAGGAGGUAUACGGUGUGAGAUGGCAUCAGCUUAUAUCCGCUCGAAAGGUGAAGGCUUUGAGAAUGUAUUCCAGUUAUAUGGUGGCAUCCAGAGGUAUCUGGAGCAAUUCCCUGAUGGUGGCUAUUUUGAAGGGAAGAAUUUUGUAUUUGACCAUAGGAUUUCCGUGGGAAGCCUAAAAGAGAACAUACUUGGAACUUGUUUGCUAUGUGGUUCUUCUUUCGAUGACUAUUCCUCUCGGUGUCGUUGUAGCCAUUGCAGAAUGCUGGUAUUAGUGUGCUCCACAUGUCAGGAUUCCAGUAAGCAGUAUGUAUGUGAGUUGUGCCAAAAGAAUGGAAAGCAGUGCUGCCAAAUAUCACUAAGACAAGAUUGCGAAACAGAGUCAGAGCUAAUAGAUUCUUCUGACUUUGGAAGACCAGCGACUAUUAAUCAAAUUGCAGCCUCUACAAUUCCCAGGAGUAAUGGCAGUGACCAGCUCAGGAAGCUAAAGAUCCUCUGCCUGCAUGGUUUCCGUCAGAAUGCAUCAAAUUUUAAGGGGAGAACAUCAGCACUUGCCAAGAAGCUAAAACACAUUGCCGAACUUGUCUUCAUAGAUGCUCCACAUGAGCUUUCAUUUGUAUACAGACCAAAUCCAGAUCACUACUCUGAUAGAUCUUCAUUGCCUUCUAGCAAACCGAAGAGAAAGUUUGCAUGGCUGGUUGCUCCCAACUCAACAUGCGACACUGAGCAAGAUUGGAAGAUUGUCAAUGCGCUGUUUGACCCUCUUCAAUAUCAACAACAAACCGUUGGAUUUGAGGAAUCAUAUGCGUACCUUGAAAAUGCUCUCUCUCAGAUGGGGAAGAUUGAUGGCAUUCUUGGUUUUUCCCAAGGUGCGGCCAUGGCAGCCUUAUUCUGCAGACAGCAGCAGAAGACUUGUGGCACCCUGAAAUUCAGGUUUGGGAUGUUCUGCUCAGGGUAUCCAGCACCAAUUGGUGGUUUCGACGGUGAGAUAAUUAGGCUCCCCUCUCUUCAUUGCUUUGGCAACGGUGAAGGUCACGAUAGGCAGAUAGCAAACAUGGCAAGCACUGAACUUGCGAAUCGAUUCGAUAAGGGUUGUUGCUCCAUUAUUGAGCAUGAUAUGGGCCAUAUAAUUCCUACUCGACCACCCUAUAUUGAUCAAAUUAAAGGAUUCCUGUCCAAUUUUCUUUGAAUUGUUUGGAAAUAAGGCAAAUAGGCAAUGUGCUUUUCUUGUAAGUUGUAACUUGUGACAUUCUUUGAUGCAUGUGUCGUAUUAUCGUCUCUACUUCACUGCUUCGGCAGUCUGUCUCUUAUGAUAGAACCCUGCUGAUUGUAUGUUUUGCAGCCUACUUGCUAUCCCACUUUGAAAUUUGUUGUUUUAAGAGUAUGCAAGCAUUCCUGUUGAUUUAUAGUCGAUCAAUUUUGA